AUGAGCUCGUCAGGAUCAGCGGACGAAGAAACUUCCUCGAUAAUCCAAAUUGCAAAGCUGGAUCGAUUAGCCCUCGCAUCCGAGAUUAAAAUUAUUCCCGAAGGAGGGUGGGGAUGGAUGAUCUGUGGCGCAGCAUUUGUGACUCAGUUUAUUGUUAUGGGGAUCCACAACUCGUUUGGUAUUUUGUACACGACAUUACUGGAGGAGUACAAAAGGUCCAAGGCAGAAACUGCAUGGGUGGGUUCAGUCAGUGUUGGAGUUAUGUAUGUAUUUGGACCAAUCACCAGCGGGCUCAGUGAAAGACUGGGUUGCAGAGUAGUGGCACUGCUUGGAGGUUUGCUGUGCUUCUUGGGAAUGCUUAUGACGUCAUUUGUUUCCGACCUGACAAAGCUCUAUGUGACUUACGGCGUCUUGUGGGGUAUAGGGACGAGCUUCUGUUACUUCCCCACAUUAACCGCUCCUGGGGAGUAUUUUUGUAAGCGAUUAUCAUUGGUAAAUGGCAUAGUUACUGCUGGAAGUGGAAUUGGCACGCUGACAUUCGGCCCAGUCCUCCAGUACAUCCUCCAACGCUAUGGCCUUUCUACUUCUCUGCGCAUACUCAGUGGCGUAUCACUGCUGUUGCUACUGGCUGCACUGACUUACAGGCCGUUUCGCUCACCUCUUGAGGAACUGUUUGAAGUAAAGCGACAGCCUAGGCCUUUCUUUGACUUCUCAGUAUGGCAAAACAAAGCAUUCUGUGUUUAUACAGCAGCUGUGGCUAUUUUCAUGCUGGGUUAUUUUAUUCCUUAUGUCCAUUUGGUUAGUCACGUGGAGGGUCUGGGUAUUUCACCUUCCAAAGCAGCUCUGCUGAUUGGAUUCAUGUCCAUCGCUUCAACGAUCAGUCGGCUCGGAUUCGGCAAGUUUUCCGACCAUCCAAGGGUAAAUCGAUUGUUCAUGACGCAGCUGGCGAUUUUGGGCUUUGGGGUGACCACAACACUGAGUCCGCUGGCCAGAAGUUAUGCAUCCUUACUGACGGUGGUCGUGGCCUUGGGGCUGUUUGACGGAUUGUACGUGGUGUUGAUCGCGGUGCUCAAUACUGAUAUCGUGGGAGUUCAUAAGCUCCCAGCCGCAAUAGGAAGUCUGUACGGAGUCAUAUCAUUCACCCUUACGCUUGGACCUCCAUUUGCUGGCCUUAUGUACGACAUGCUCAAUUCUUACCACACAGCAUUCUACAUCUGUGGCGCCACCACUACCCUUUCCUCUUGUCUGAUGUUUCUGAUACCUUGGCUCAUGCCCAACCAACAAGGAGGUGUCUUUCGCCGAGAUUCCUGUCAGAGCCGCCUGGAAGGACUUCUAAACUCACAGUCAUCUACUCCAUGUACAAGGAAGCAUUCCCGUUCAUUUUUCGCCGGAAGAUCGGUGAAGAGCCGAAGCUUGGAUAGUGGAAAUAGUAGCUUAUCUAGCCCCGUAACCGGGGAGAUCAGCCUUUGCGAAGCUGACAGGGCUGAGCAGGAGUACUUGACAGGAUUUACCAUCGAUAACGAAGCUGAUGUGGCGACAGACGGGGCCUCUAAUGAAAAGAGCAGCUUUUCCAUGGAUACAAGCAUCAAUACCGUCUUCAAUGCUAGCAUGUCACAUCGAGGAUCUAUUACAAAGUUUCUAUUGCAACAGCAGCUUCAAUCCCAAUCCAGAGCCUCCACUCCAUUAUCAGGUUCGCGCCGAGGAUCAUCACAAAGUCCCAUGGGGUUGCAGUCGGGUGGUAGCUCAUCCAGGAGCUCGAUGAGUAGCAGUUUAGGUUUCAGAACUUCCUCCUCAAGCCCCUCGAGGGGGAAAGGCUCAUUCAAAAGAUCUCUAUCAGAGUCAAGGCAAGGGUCCUUUGAGGUUUCCGAGGAAUCAAGCAGCGAAGAAUCUUUCGAACCGAUUUCCUCUGAGCCCGAAGGAGAAAUGGACACGUUGUCAUUAGGGCAACUGUUUAAUGAAGACACCCGACGAGAAUCUGGUGAAAGCACGGUAGUGGGCUCAAACUGGGAGUCCGGUCGGAGCACUGUUAUCGCAGGAACCCCGAAGGUCUUCCAGUCUGGAAUGAAAGACGAUGAUAUGCUUCAUCUGCUAGCUGCUCGACUGUUGCAGGCCAUGCGAGGAAGGGAGCAAGAUGAUUGUGGAGAAGAAAGGGAAUCUACUGUUUAG